UCUCAUGCCCAGCCUCACUCUCCCGGAGACCUCUCUCCUUUAUACUUAACGCUUAAAGCCUUAAACACUCUACUUUGCCUUUUCUUCUUUCUCCCUCUUUAUACUUUUCUCACUUCUACUUCACCCUCUCCCUCUCUCUAGAAAGCUUCUUUUUCCUUUUAUUUUUCCCCUCUUCUUUCUUGGACGAUUGAGUUUAAGAAUCAAGCAAGGUUGUGUUUUGAGGAAUGGGUUCGUGUGUUUCGGUGCACAAAGACGCGGAGACGCCCAUGAAGCUCCGUAUUGUGGUGGGGUCCAAGAAUAGCAUGGCGGUGAAUCCAUCGCCGGUCAAACAUGAACGGAGUACUGUUAAUGGAGUUGACUGUAAGGUCGCUGACCAUCACCCACCUAUAUCGCUCACUUCGCCUUCUCGCCUUGCAACUGCUUCUCUUGACUUUGGUAGCAAGGAGGAAACAUUCUUUGAUUCCCAGCCUUACUUGGAGUCCGAUUGUGAGGAUGACUUCUAUAGCGUUAAAGGAGAUUUUACUCCAUCUCGAGGGAAUACGCCUGUCCAUCAGACCAUAUCUGCGGGUGCUCUUAAAGUUAAUGGAAGCUCUUUUGUGGAGAGGGCUGCAGCCAUUUCUGUACCUCAAACUCAAAUAUCCCCAACAGAGAAGAAGAAGAGACUCGCUGAACUUUUCAAAGAAAGUUUAGGCGGUGAUCAGGAGUUUAAUGCUUUGGAUGCUGUAAAGGAGCUGAAUGGCGGUGUACCUGCCAAAUCCGCAGUUGGAACGCCUUAUUCCUCUGCCUGCAGCAACACGACUCCCAGUCAAGAGCUCAAACAUGCCCCAAAAUCAGCAAAGGCAGGACAAUGUUGCCUCCCGAAGUUGCUCUCCAGGCGCAGCAGCUUUAACGAGAGAAAGAAAGUAACUAGUCCUGCUCACAGCGCAGGGUAAAGAAACCUCUGCCAUGCUGAAUUAACGAGGCAUGUCGGAAGAAACCCUCGUCCAUGUUACCUGAGAUACAGAACUCCCUCUUUGGUCUUAACUUGACAUCCAUUGAGACCUGAGAGUUCUGUAAAUAUAUAUAUAUAUGUGUAAAUGAAUAAAUGAAUAAAAAAAUGUAAACGCAUAUGAAUGAUAUCUGCUUAUUAUUAUGCAGUACAGAUGAAAAUUUUGCUUUGAAUUCUAUUUAUAGAACUGUGUUUUUGAGGAUUU